AUGCGUCCAAAGGAUGUGCCCAGGGAUGUGCCCAGGGAUGUACCCAGGGAUGUACCCAGGGCUGUGCCCAGGGAUGUGCCCAGGGAUGUACCCAGCCGCAUCCCUGCCAGCAUCCCUGGGGCUGCCCCUCCCCGAGCUCCCUGCGCGCUGCUGAGGUGCGGAGUUGGGAAGCAGCACGUGGGAAGUGAAGAAGGGGUGAAGCUGUGGCUGAGGACAGAUGUGGCUCUGGCUUGCCCCCCUGGCUCUCCUUGCCCGAGACACCUCCGCAGCCCGGCACGGCCGGCUCCGCGCUCCCGGGACAGCGGGGCGAGGUGCGAGUGCCCGGCGGGGACACGGGCGGGCAGCCCCGGCCCGGAGCGGGACCGAGUGCCGGGGGCGGCGGGCGGGGAGGGCGCACGGGCGGCUGCUGGGGAGGCGGAGGGAGAGAGGGCGGCGCCGGCGGGAGCGGGGCUCGGCGGCGGCCGGCGGAGCUCCGCGCUGCGCUUCUCUCCGGCCCCGCGGGACGUGAGCGGCGGCGGGGCCGGGACGGACACCGAGAUCGGGGUAGGGAAGGAGCGGCGGCGCGGCGGGGCUGGCCGGGCCGGCGGGGACAGCGGCACUUGUGCCCGGCGAGCCGGGCUCGCCCCGCCCCCGGCGGUGGCAGCGCUUAAGGGAGAAGGAGGCGGCGGAGGGGGCGCAGCUCCUCCGGCACCAGCGGGGCUGUGCAGGGAGCUGGGCACAGGGAGCUGGGCACAGGGAGCCGUGCAGGGAAGGUGUGCAGGGAAGCUGUGCAGGGAUGCUGAACAGGGAUGCUGCGAUGCUCCGCUCCGCUCCGCUCCGUCUGAGGAGUUCCCCGGCCGCGCUCCAUUGAGCGCUCCCGGACGGCAGCGGUGCCUCGGUCCGGCGUGCCCCGUUCCCGAUGUAGCUCGGUAA